AUGUCUUCUGAAAAGCUCAAUGUCAUUGCUCUUAUCUCGGGAGGCAAAGAUAGCUUCUUCAGCCUGAUCCACUGUAUCGAGCACGGCCAUCAGAUCGUUGCUCUUGCAAACCUGUUCCCAGGGCCAGCACCGGACUCAAGUCCUGCUAUUUCAGGCGGGCAAUCACCGUCCCGCCAGGGAGACGCCACCAAGGCUGAGCCAGAAACCAAUCUCCAGACACCCUCGGAUCUCCCAUCUCCCGUGGGCUUCCGGCGCAUCGAUCCGGGUAGCUGGACACCCCAGCCGCCUGAUCCUGCCACAUGGGAUCAUAACAGCCUUCGGGAAGCCCAGGGCUCCGGGGAAUCUUCCGACACGGACCUCAAUAGUUUCAUGUACCAAACCGUCGGGCACGAAGUCCUCCCCCUGUAUGCCGAUGCAACUGGCCUACCGUUAUAUCGGCUACCCAUCACUGGACGUGCGGUUCGCCAUGAGAGGGACUACGAUGCCGCGGCUGCUUAUGCCCAGGACGAGGUCCAGGACAGUGACGAGACGGAGUCCAUGCUUCCCUUGUUACAGUCCAUCAUCGCCCGCCAUCCAGAAGCGAAUGCUGUAUGCGCCGGUGCCAUCCUCUCCACCUACCAGCGCACCCGUGUUGAGUCAAUUGCACUGCACCUAGGUCUCGUGCCCCUGGCCUACUUAUGGCAGUAUCCAGUCUUACCACCCCCAUCCGCAGCCAUCUCAGCCGAUACCCAGUUAUUGAUCGAUAUGGCCAAUGUUGGGCUAGAGGCGCGGAUCAUCAAAGUUGCCAGUGCUGGGCUAGACGAGAACCAUCUCUGGGAACGUGUGUCAAGCGAAGCAGGCUCGAGUCGUGUCAAGAAUGCAUUACGCAAGUUUGGCUCAGCUCAAGGUGCGGCAGCCCUAGGAGAAGGUGGUGAAUUCGAGACACUAGUUCUGGAUGGCCCAUCUUCCGUGUUCAAGAAGAGAAUUGUUGUCCCGGAACAAGGGCGUAGGAUAGUGCGUGAAGGAGGUGGUUGCUCAUGGCUUAUGUUGUGUGGUGCGCGUUUAGAAGACAAGCAUGAUGCUGCAGUCACACCAGCAGCUCGGAUCCCUAAUCUCCUCGAUCCUCACUUCAAGACCGUAUUUGACGACCUGCCGCAACCCAUGAAUGAGUUGAAGGCCGCAAAGGCUUCUACUAUUUCAAGGAGUUUGACAUCACUACCCCAAGAUGCAGGAACCUUCACUGCUGAUGGCGAGGUUCUGCGUUGGUCCGUACUUCCAGACCUGGGGUUGGGUGAAAUGCCGAUACAAAAUGAAACCAUCCAGGUCGUAGAGAAGAUCAGAGAUUUGGCGGCAGGGGCCGGUGUUCAACUCUCUCAGAUCACAAGUACCAUCGUCAUCUUAAGGCGUAUGUCAGACUUUCCUAAGGUUAAUGGCGAGUACGGCAAGAUAUUCACCAAGCCAAACCCACCGUCGCGAGUGACCAUUUCGUGUGGUGACCUCCUGCCGGCUGGUGUGAAUAUUGCCAUCUCCUUAGCUGCUCCUAAACCUAAAGCGACACAGGACCGCAAUGGUCUCCAUGUCCAGUCCAGGUCAUACUGGGCACCUGCAAACAUCGGCCCCUACAGUCAGGCAAUAGACGUUCCCGUGACAGCUCAAGGCCAGCCUACAGGUCUUCGGUGCAUCUCCAUUGCCGGUCAAAUACCCCUGAUUCCAGCAACAAUGGUCCUCCCUUCCACGCCUGAGAAGUCACAUGAGCUUCAAAUUGUCCUAUCUCUACAACAUUUGUGGCGAGUUGGUCAGGAGAUGAAGAUUCAGUGGUGGACAAGCUCAGUUGCUUACUUUCCCCGUGCCAACUCGUCCGAAAUCCAGCGCAGCGCCCAGCUGGCAGGGUAUGCUUGGAAACAAGCACACGGAUCCCCGGAUGAGGAGGUGGACGGUGAUAGCGGUCCUGAUCUUUGGGACUUGAAAUACAAUCCUGCUUAUAUGUCGCUUGGUAACGAUGACAAGACAGCCCGAAAGACCCUUCCGGACUGGGAGGCACUGACUCUACGUCAACAGAAUGAGCCUGAGAAUUGUAUCCCGCCUAUGUUUGCUGUUGAAGUGGAAGAGCUGCCACGGCAGGCUGCUGUGGAGUGGCACGCUCACAACGGUCUUUCAAAAAUCGAAGAGUCCAGGUUUUCGAUGUGUUGCUUGCCUAAGCUCACGCUUCCAGGCUGGAAAACAUGGCAUUCAGUCGUCACAACCACCAGUGCCACUGUAAUCUACAGUACGGCAGUAUAUUAUCAUGCUGAUAGGCCUCAUUCUGCUUCCAUGGACAUCUUGAAGAUCGAUAUGUGCAAAAUCAUGCAGGAAUCACUUCAUCAACUCCACCCUCAUGGGCCAGAAACGCUACAAACCAAAUUGACUUUGGUGUAUGCAGAUGCGUCUCAAAUUGUUUCCAUAUGGAACAACCUGGGAGAUAAAUGCGAAAUGGCACUUAUCCCGUGCCGGUCAAUCUGGUCGUCUGAUGGACAAAGUGUUGCUGUUGUGGGCUUAUUUGAAACGACCUUCAUACGAGGACCAUGA